UCAUGGAACUAGUGCAUGUUUAUAAAAAUGACAACUACGAGACCUGCAGCAAGUACAAUGAGAUGGGACUGGAAAGAGAUGAAGAUAUUUAUCCAAAUCAGGGCCAAAAACUCAGCCAGACUGAAGCAAGAGCUCAAAACACAGGUUUGUCAGUAGGAAAUAAGUGUGUUGUGUGGAUCACUGUGUGCUUUAGCCUUAUGUGCAUUUUCCUGGUGGCUGCCAUUGUAGUACUGCAUAACAAGCUCAUGGCAGAGAGGGAAGUACAAGCUACACACAUGUUACAGUCCGUUUCAGGAGAUCAAUCAGAGAAAGACAAGUUAGAAAACAGCUUCAACUUUUUGAGUCAGAAGAAACUGGAGUUGGAGACUAGAGUCAAUGAUCUGAAUGCUGAGAAAGACGUGUUACAGAGGACUUUUGACUCUUUGAAUAAGAAAAAACUGGAGUUAGAAAGCAAAGUCACUUCUCUGAGUGAAGAACUGAAGAAAGAAUCAUCUAAACGAGAGUUGGAGACCGGAGUCAAUGAUCUCACUGCUGAGAAAACCAAGUUGGAGACCAGAGUCAAUGAUCUCACUGCUGAGAAAGGCCAGUUACAGAGCAACUUCAACUCUUUAAGUCAGAAGAAACUGGAGUUGGAGACCAGAGUCAAUGAUCUCACUACUCAGAAAACCCAGUUACAGAGCAACUUCACCUCUUUAAGUCAGAAGAAACUGGAGUUGGAGACCAGAGUCAAUGAUCUCACUGCUGGGAAAACCCAGUUACAGAGCAACUUCACCUCUUUAAGUCAAAAGAAACUGGAGUUGGAGACCAGAGUCAAUGAUCUCACUGCUGAGAAAAGCCAGUUACAGAGCAACUUCAACUCUUUAAGUCAGAAGAAACUGGAGUUGGAGACCAGAGUCAAUGAUCUCACUGCAGAGAAAAGUCAAUUACAGAGCAACUUCACCUCUUUAAGUCAGAAAAAACUGGAGUUGGAGACCAGAGUCAAUGAUCUCACUGCUGGGAAAACCCAGUUACAGAGCAACUUCACCUCUUUAAGUCAGAAGAAACUGGAGUUGGAGACCAGAGUCAAUGAUCUCACUGCUGAGAAAAGCCAGUUACAGAGCAACUUCACCUCUUUAAGUCAGAAGAAACUGGAGUUGGAGACCAGAGUCAAUGAUCUCACUGCUGGGAAAACCCAGUUACAGAGCAACUUCACCUCUUUAAGUCAGAAGAAUCUGGAGUUGGAGACCGGAGUCAAUGAUCUCACUGCAGAGAAAAGCCAGUUGGAGACCAGAUUCAAUGAUCUCACUACUCAGAAAACCCAGUUACAGAGGAACUUCUAUGGUCUCAUUGCUGAGAAAACACAGUUACAGAGCAACUUCACCUCUUUAAGUCAGAAGAAACUGGAGUUGGAGACCAGAGUCAAUGAUCUCAUAGCUGAGAAAAGCCAGUUGGAGACCAGAGUCAAUGAUCUCACUACUCAGAAAACCCAGUUACAGAGCAACUUCAACUCUUUAAGUCAGAAGAAACUGGAGUUGGAGACCAGAGUCAAUAAUCUCACUGCUGAGAAAAGCCAAUUACAGAGCAACUUCACCUCUUUAAGUCAGAAUAAACUGGAGUUGGAGACCAGAGUCAAUGAUCUCACUGCAGAGAAAAGCCAGUUACAGAGCAACUUCACCUCUUUAAGUCAGAAGAAUCUGGAGUUGGAGACCAGAGUCAAUGAUCUCACUGCAGAGAAAAGCCAGUUGGAGACCAGAUUCAAUGAUCUCACUACUCAGAAAACCCAGUUACAGAGGAACUUCUAUGGUCUCAUUGCUGAGAAAACCCAGUUACAGAGCAACUUCACCUCUUUAAGUCAGAAGAAACAGGAGUUGGAGACCAGAGUCAAUGAUCUCACUGCUGAGAAAAGCCAGUUACAGAGCAACUUCACCUCUUUAAGUCAGAAGAAACUGGAGUUGGAGACCAGAGUCAAUGAUCUAACAGCUGAGAAAAGCCAGUUGGAGACCAGAGUCAAUGAUCUCACUACUCAGAAAAGCCAGUUACAGAGCAACUUCACCUCUUUAAGUCAGAAGAAACUGGAGUUGGAGAUCAGAGUCAAUGAUCUCACUGCUGAGAAAAGCCAGUUACAGAGCAACUUCACCUCUUUAAGUCAGAAGAAACUGGAGUUGGAGACCAGAGUCAAUGAUCUCACUGCUGGGAAAACCCAGUUACAGAGCAACUUCACCUCUUUAAGUCAGAAGAAACUGGAGUUGGAGACCAGAGUCAAUGAUCUCACUGCAGAGAAAAGCCAGUUGGAGACCAGAUUCAAUGAUCUCACUAUUCAGAAAACCCAGUUACAGAGGAACUUCUAUGGUCUCAUUGCUGAGAAAACACAGUUACAGAGCAACUUCACCUCUUUAAGUCAGAAGAAACUGGAGUUGGAGACCAGAGUCAAUGAUCUCACUGCUGGGAAAGCCCAGUUACAGAGAAACUACAACUCUGUAAGUCAGAAAAAACUGGAGUUGGAGACCAGAGUCAAUGAUCUCACUGCUGAGAAAAGCCAGUUGGAGACCAGAGUCAAUGAUCUCACUACUCAGAAAACCCAGUUACAGAGCAACUUCAACUCUUUAAGUCAGAAGAAACUGGAGUUGGAGACCAGAGUCAAUGAUCUCACUGCUGGGAAAGACGUGUUACAGAGGAGUUUUGACUCUUUGAAUAAGAAGAAACUGGAGUUAGAAAGCAAAGUUACUUCUCUGAGUGAAAAACUAAAGAAAGAAUCAACUAAACGAGGUUGGUUUUUCUUGUCCACUGAGAAGAAGAGCUGGUCUGACAGCAGGCAGUACUGUAAGGAUCAUGGUGCUGAUCUGGUCAUUAUCAAAAGUGAAGAGAAGCAGAGGUUCAUUUCUGUACUCACAACAGAGAGAGUGUGGAUUGGUUUGUCUGACAGAGAACAGGAGGGCAAAAUGACAUGGGUGGAUGAUUCACUACUAAAUCAAGGGUUUUGGCUAAAAAAUGAGCCGAACGAUGACGGAAAUGAAAACUGUAUUGAACUGAAUUAUAAAAGAGAGCAGUGGGGAUGGUCACCCCUGAACAGCUGGAAUGAUGCACCAUGCUCAGAGAAGAAAAAAUGGAUUUGUGAGAAAUAGGGUUCAUGCCAUCUUAUUGUUGUUUUGCUUCUAUUGUCUAACAUAAUCAUUCUUAAUGUGAACACACUGAUUGAAUCCCUGCCUUUUAAAUAAUGAUAAGCUGAUAUGCAAUUUGUUAGAAUAAGUAAAAAAUAUAAUAAUUUUCUUAUUGCUAUAAUAAUCUACUGUUUCUCAUGGUGUGAAAUACACUGACCUGAGACAAUGAACCUCUGAUGUUUUCAUGUUUUUUCUCCAUCACAAACAGCUCUAUAUUCAUAUGAAUUUAUUCUACUGUUAUCAUGAGCCAAGUGUUAAGGUGACAAUCACAGUAAACUACAAAAAGACUAAAGUGUCUAGAUUGCCCUGAUUCAUCUUCUUAUUUUGAUAUUGAGAGUCUGUGAAGUUGCUUUUCAG